GUGCACCGCCACCGCGACGGCCGUACGGUCGGCCUCGGGCUCCCGGCGCCAUCUUUGUGGGUGAGGCGGCGGUGCGGCCUGUGACCAUGGCGCUCUUCCCCGCCUUUGCGGGCGUCGCCGAGGCUCCGGACAGCGGGAGGAAAGAAUUAGACUGGCUGAGCAACCCAAGCUUUUGUGUUGGAGCCAUAACAUCUCUGAGCCGACAAACUGAAGAGGCCAGCAAAGCCCCAGUUUCUGAAGGGUCACCACUGACAAGGAGUCCUCUAAAAUCAGAGCCUUCAGAUGAAAGCGACACUAACAGAAAGCCCAAAGAAGCAGGCAGGAAAAAGAAGAAAGAGAAAAAGAAGAGAAGGCAGCGUGAGCACCACAGGGAAGCCAAGAGCAGGCGUGGGCGCUCGGGCAGCCGUGGGUCUGAGCCAGGCGCCGGUUCUGAAAGGGACCGACCUUCCGGAGGCAUCAGAGACAGUAAAGGGGCGUCAGAGAAACCGAAUCAAGAAAAUAAUGCCGCCGUGGAUACCGGACGUCACUGUGUUUGGCUUGAGGACAUCCAGGCUCUGACGGGAGAAACCUUCCGAACGGAUAAGAAACCGGAUCCUGCCAACUGGGAGUAUAAGUCUCUUUACCGAGGAGAUAUUGCGAGAUACAAGAGGAAAGGAGACUCCUGCCUCGGCCUCAACCCGAAGAAGCAGUGUGUGUCUUGGGAGGGGACUUCCACAGAAAAGAAGCGUUCCCACAAGCACACUGAACGCUACUUCACCAAGAAGAGCGUGGGGUUAAUGAGCGAGGCCGGCCUCUCCGUCAGCAGGCAGCCUGUAGCUCCGUCAUCCCAGCCGCUCUCCUUUAUCCCGGUGGGGGGCAUGGACGACGUGGCUCCCCCUCCUGCCAGCUGGCUGAACCCGCUGGGGAUUUACGAUCAGGUCACAACGCAGUGGUUACAGGGACAGGGUCCUUCGGAGCAGGAGUCCAGGCCACCAGACUCACAGCCCGACCGAGAGAGCGUGCUCCUCAAGGCCAGGGUGGAGGAGUUUAACAGGAAGGUUCGGGAGAACCCUCGGGACACGGAGCUGUGGAUGGCUUUUGUUGCCUUCCAGGACGAGGUCAUGAGAAGUCCGGGCCUCUACGCCGUGGAGGAAGGAGAGCCGGAGACGCGGAAGCGGUCCUUGAGGCUGGUCCUGGAGAAGAAGCUGGCCAUCCUGGAGCGGGCCAUUGAGAGCAAUCCGAGCAGUGUGGACCUGAAGCUCGCCAAGCUGAAGCUCUGCGCCGAGUUCUGGGAGCCCACCACUCUGCUCAAAGAGUGGCAGAAACUGAUCUUCUUACAUCCCAACAACACAGCCCUCUGGCAGAAAUACCUGUUGUUUUGCCAGAGCCAGUUCAGCACCUUCUCUGUAUCAAAAAUUCAGAGUCUCUACGGGAAGUGCUUGAGCACCCUGUCCGCCGUGAGGGACGGCAGCAUCGUCUCCCACCCCGAGCUGCCGGGCACUGAGGAGGCCAUGUUUGCCCUCUUCCUCCAGCAGUGCCACUUCCUGCGGCAGGCAGGCCACUCCGAGAAGGCCGUCUCUCUGUUCCAGGCCAUGGUCGACUUCACAUUCUUCAAGCCCGACAGUGUGGAGGGCCUGCCCACCAAAGGCCAGGUGGAGUUCUUUGAGCCCUUCUGGGACAGCGGCGAGCCCCGGGCCGGGGAGAAGGGCGCCCGAGGCUGGAGAGCCUGGAUGCACCAGCAGGAGUGGGGCGGCUGGGUGGCCGUCAGCCCAGAUGACGAGGAUGAGGAGCCGGAGGACGAGGAGCAGGAUAUCAGAGACAAGACUCUGCCCCGGUGGCGGAUCUGGCUGGCUGCCGAGCGGUCCCGAGACCGCAGGCACUGGCGGCCGUGGCGCCCGGACAAGGCCAGGAAGCAGACAGAGGAGGACUGUGAGGAUCCCGAGCGACAGGUGUUGUUUGAUGAUCUCGGGCAGUCUCUGAUCCGACUUUCCAGCCCGGAUCUCCAGUUUCAGCUGAUUGUAGCCUUCCUGCAGUUCCUGGGGGUGCCUUCCGGCUUCAGCCCUCCCGCCUCCUGCCUUUAUCUGGCCAUGGAUGAGAACAGCAUCUUCGACAACGAACUUUAUGACGAAAAGCCCUUGACUUUCCUCGACCUCUCCUGCUCCGGCGUCGGCUGUGUGGGCCGCAUGGACCCUCUGGGUGGCCGGCACUGGCCCCGGGGUCCCAGUCGAGAGGGUGAGGAGUUUAUCCGCAACGUCUUCCACCUGGCGCUGCCUCUGUUUGCAGGCAGGGAGCGGUCUCAGCUCUGCGUCUUCUGGCUACGGUACGAGAUCACCAAGGUCAUUUGGUGUCUGCACACUAAAAACAAGAAGAGAUUAAAGUCACUGGGAAAGAACUGCAAAAAACUAGCCAAGAAUCUCCUCAAGGAGCCGGACAACCGCAACAGCUCUUGCCUCUGGCAGCAGUACGCACAUCUGGAGUGGUUGCUGGGCAACACGGAGGAUGCCCGGAAGGUCUUCGAGGCGGCCCUGGGCACCGCCGGUGGCGGCGGCCUGGCGGACGCGGACCUCUGUGAGCUCGGCCUGCUCUACGCGGCGCUGGAGGCGGAGCUCUCGCCGCCUGUGGGCGGGGCGGCGCCUGCGCGUGCGGUGCGCGUGCUGACGGGGCUGGCCGAGCGCGGCCCAUCCGGGCCCUGCCCGGGACAGCCCUCGGCCGUGCACGUGUUGAAGGCUCGGAAGGCGUAUGAACACGCGCUGCAGGACUGCCUGGCGGAGCGCUACGGCCCCGACCAGGGCCUGCCCGACCGCCUCAGCCGCCUGGUCACCCUGGCGAAGUGCUUCAUGCUCUUCCAGUACCUGACCGUGGGCAUUGGCGCCGCUGCGCGCGUCUAUGAGCAGGUGUUUGCAGGGCUCAGGGGCUCCGUCUCCGCCGAGGGUGCCGGCCUGGAGGGCGCCCUGGAGGCCGUCACCCUGAUGCACACCAGCCUGCUCAGGUUCCACGGCCGGGUUGCCGCCCACCCGCUGGCUCCCCUGCGAGAGGCGCUCUCAGAGGCUUUACGGUUGUACCCGGGCAACCAGCUUCUCUGGAGGUCGUACGUGCAGAUUCAGAGCAAGUCCCACAGCGCCAGCAGGACCAGAAGAUUCUUCCAAGCCGUCACCAGGUCCGCCAAACACCUGGAGCCGUGGCUGUUCGCGAUUGAAGCGGAGAGAAUGAGGAAGAGACUGGUGGACGCCGUGCAGAGGGUGGACGGCAGAGAGGUCCACGCCACCCUUCCCGAGAUCGGCCUGACGCACCGGAUCAGAGCCCUGUUUGAGAGCGCCAUGCGGAGCGCCCACGGCAGCCAGUGCCCCUUGCUGUGGAGGAUGUACCUGAACUUCCUGGUUUCCUUAGGAAAUAAAGAAAGAAGCAAAGGUGUGUUCUACAAAGCACUGCAGAACUGUCCUUGGGCAAAGGCGCUGUACAUGGACGCCGUGGAGUACUUCCCCGACGAGAUGCAGGAGGUCGUGGACCUGAUGACGGAGAAGGAGCUGCGGGUGCGCCUGCCGCUGGAGGAGCUGGAGCUGCUGCUGGAGGACUAGACGCCGGGUGGGGCCUGCCCUGGGGGCCGGGACCAGCCCCAAGACACGGGCACGCGUGUGCCCAGACCUCUGCCCUGCAGGGUCUUCCCUGCCAGUCUCACCUCUUGCACAGUUUUUGCACGUGCAGAUAACACAAAGCUGUUGUUUUGCACAUACAUGUGAAUAUGUGCACAGACAAGAAUCACGCCAAAGCCGUCAUGCUCCGGGUGGGUCCUUUUGGCCCACUCUCCCCUGCCCAGCCCGGGUGAAGGUUCUUUCUGUUGGCAUCCUUGGGGAUCCUGCCACGUCUCCCGGCUCUUGCUGUCGAAAGAGAGGUCUGGUUACUCACCAGGCCCUCCUCCCUGCGGCUGGUGAGCCCGCUCGGCCCCUCUUCAGACCAGAGCAGCAGGGAAUCGUGUCCAGCUUGGGGUCCUCAGCUGCACCACACGUGUCCUUCCUGUUCCCGAAGCUCCACUCGCGGACCUCUCGCCUGUGGACUUGGCGGCCAGCGUCGCCUGGAGUUCGUGCCGUGGAGACCCUGGGCCCGCGGCCCUGCCGAGUCAGAUCGGGCUCCAAGAGGGAGGACCCCUGUCAGGGGACUGAACAAACAGGGACCCCGCUGCAGGGGAGCAGGCCCGGGUCCAGGUGCAGAGAGCGCGGCCUGCUCCUCCGUGGCGAAUCCGUCUCUGCCUCAGAGACGCCGAACGUUCGCUUCUGGCCGCGUCAGCCGCGCUGCUCUCGUUCUGAUUUCCAAGAGCGGUGAUCGACAGCCGACGGAGCGGAAAUGCUAUGUCUUCUCUGAGGUCCCUUUUUAAACACAGUGGACUUCUCUGCGUUGCGCUUCUUCGUAAAUCAUGCUCUCUAGAACUGCUGAGAGCGAAUUUCCUUGGCCGCUCGUCCAGAAAAGCAGGCGUUGUGGAACCUGGGCUAGAAACCAGCUGGGGGCACGGCGGUCUCGGGCUCCAACGCUGCACUGAGCAGAGCGCGGGGAGGAGGGAGCCAGGCGAGGGGCGGCGCCGGCGCUUCUGAACUCUGGUGAGAGGGAGGGGUGCUGACCACCGCGGGGCUGCCCCUCUGAGACUGCGUUGGGAACCCUGUCUCAGCAGCACCAGUCCUCCCUUCCUGCCCCAGACCCUCCAGGGGCAGCCCCGGCCGGGGGGUCGCAGCCUUGUUGCCUCCACAGCAGGGGUGGGCGGCCGUGUGCUCAGGAGCCAGCGGCUGCUGUUUAGAGCUGCCGCCGGCGGAGCUGUGCCGCGGGGGCGGCAGGGACGCGGCCUGCAGUGCCCCUGGUCCCCCAGAGGCUUCCCCACACCUGGGCCCACCCACUCCGGCCACGGAGCACCCAGCGUGUGGACAGGACUCCGUGUUAAGAGAAAGAACGCUUUAUUGGGACGCCGGCAGCCCGCCAGGGCCCUACACGCGUGCUCCAGAGGGACGCUGGAUGCUCCGCCAACCGUGGCCAGCGGCACAUGGCGCCCAGGCGGCUCCCUCCCACCCUCUCCCCAGGGGCCGGGACCCUCCCAGCCUUUCCUGGAAGGCAACUCUGGUCCACUACAGAUAGAGCCCCUCCGGGGUGCCUUCCUGUUUUUUAUAAAGAACAUUUUCCUUCGA